AUAAAAUUCAGUACAAGCGCGGGUUUUUGUCGCCUUCAAAGCAUCAGCUGGUACGAUGGAAGUCCCUUUCAGUGGUGAUGUUUUUGGAAAUUUCCAUAUGAGAGGAACGUGCCAAAGUAACGCACAAGUUGUUAGUUUUCCGGUGGUCCAUCAAGCCUUCUCUUCAUCUGUUUAUACACCACUGGAGCCAAUCGCGAGUUCAGUUACCACCGGUUUUACUAAAAAGGAAAACGACACCUAUGAUACUAACUUGACAGUGCAAGUCGUCCAACCCGUAGCUCUAAAUAAUUUCAAUCAGCAACAGCACAUCAUCAACCCUAUGGGUAUAACUCCGCCUGUUACUUACUCCGCCGUGGUUUGUUCUCAUUCAGGUGCCAGUCAGCCAUAUGUAUGUUCUGUGUUGCCGUCUACUUCUACUGAAUUGCAAGACUACAUAACUGUUCAAAACCCAAAGAGAAAAACGCGAAGACGAAGUCGCAAGCAGGGGACGACGAGUUCAUCAAAUUUCAAUGACAAACGUGUAUCACUGAGUACUAAAGGUUCAACUGUGAGCUCGUCAGACUGCAAUUCCGAUUGUAGUGCAGUAACUAGUUCAUCCAGAAAAGCGAAAACUUCAAAUAAAGACGAGCGUUAUCUUCUGCGGAGACUGAAGAAUAAUCUAGCGGCCAAACGUUCCAGGGACAAUCGUAAACGUCGAGAAGAUAGCAUAGCACUACGUGCUAGAUAUCUUGAGAAGUCCAAUCUGAUCCUGCAAACUCAAAUAUUAGCUCUUAAAAGGGAGGUUUGUCUCCUACGUGGUAUACCAUUUGAUCCAAAUUACAAAGUUCAGGUUUUUAAUGAUAACUCGGCGUCCUCCAGUCAAGCCACUCCUCAAUCAGCUGUUUUGUCUGAAUUCCCAAAUGAAUCAUCUGUACUAACAUUUACUCCCAUAAAUUGUUCUAAUCACCCGUUUAACCCAAACACUUUAUAUACACCAGUUACUGAAUUUUCAGGCAGCUGUAGGUAA